UGUUUCAAGUGCGGGUGUGAAGGCCAUUUUUCAAGGGAAUGUCCUUCGAAUGCACGAGGACAAAACGCUAUGACAGGUAACGUGAACAGAGCCAUGGGUCCUUCGACUCCUAUUGCUCCAAGGUAUUGGGCACUUAGACGGGUGCAGGAGGAUACGGAGGAGAGACAGUUCCUCAGAGAGAUGAUGCUAGAAAAGAAGCAGGUGGAUGCUUUGCGGAAAGAACAGGAAGACAAAAGGAGGUUCGAGGACCAAGUGCGUAUCGAAACAGCACGACAUGCCGAAGCAACGAAGGCGGAGCUUAUGGCGCUAUUAGGCAAGCAGUUCCUGACGUGUAAGGAGGAAGCUCGAAGGGAAGACAUCAGGACACCUGCUGCCUAUACUCCACGACAGAGAGAUGACAGAUGGGAAGAGGACGUAGACAAGGAGGUGGAGGAUCUUGCUGAUGAGAUUCGGAGACUGAGCGCUUUAAGGGAUCGGAAGAGACGAGGGAAGACCCCGAUGCCUGAGGGAGGUCGUUUUCGACAACCUGCGUUCGGAACUCCCACUGGUAACAACCGGGACAGAGGUGAAUCAUCGCACCAGGACGAAGAAUGUUCUAAGACGAAGAAAGCGGCAGGAAGCGGACGAGAUGGUCUGCUACAAUUUAUACUCGAUCAACGGAAAGAACUAUCGAGUAUGAAACCGGAGGAGCUCAAGAGGAUAUGCUCGAAGGAAGGAGUUCACUACUGUACCAAGCUACCAACCGUUGAGCGUAUCAUCACCGCACGGGUGAAAUGUGCGUAUGAAGGCUUUGUGUUCGUACCGGCAACCUCGGCUCCUACAUCACCUGAAGAAGACCUUCAGGGCAGUAGACUAGCACAGUUUUCUCGGUAUAAGCUUUGGUAUAAUCUGAUGGAGUCCUUGAAGAGACGUUCCGAGAUUCCUAUUGGUCGGCGAUACCAUACCUUACGUCUCAAGUAUGAGAAGGCGCAUCAACUCUGUGUUUUGUAGCACUCGCCAUCCUCGGUGAGAUAGCUUGGAUGACAAAAUUUGAACGACUGCUUCGGACAGUAGAUUGGUCUGACUGGGACAAGGGACCGACGGUGUAUGUUUUGUCUUCUCCAUGGUGCAGAUCGCAGUAUGUUGGUAGUUCAGUCAGGGGUGUCUACGUACGCUGGGGUGAACAUAUUCGUACUACCCUUACAGGUGGCGUGGGGACGAAUCCUAAGCUGUAUAGAUGGUUACGAUUCUUCGGGCAUGAAAAGUCCCCAGGCCCCGUGAUGGCACAGAAUGUCCAUUCUCUUGAGACUAUGGAGAGUGCCAGCAUCCACGAUGGUGACCGAACGUAUGAUGCAAGUCUUAGGGUGGCAUAUCGAUGGAAGGAUAGAUUGGGGAUUGGAUAAAUAGAGGCAAGGCUU